AUGGUAGGUGGCAUUGUGAGGGCAAGUCCUCAUCUGCGAAAGCAUCGUCAUUUAGCUCUCGUCUACGGAACAAGAAAGACAUGCAUGUACCCAGAACCCAGCUGUACCUCCAUGAAGAGUGAUCGGUCUAUGGACGUUCCUUGGACAUUUAAAGAUGGAGACUGCUCACUUCUGCACAGUGUUCUACUGAAGGCAGAAGAGAAAAUAGAAAAGAACAUCACAGAUACAGGACAUGAUCCAGAAUCUGUGGCUAUAAAUGAAAUCCAGAAAAAGUUCAAGUUAAAUCUGAUGAAAUUUCGGAGUCUGCAUGGAGUGAUAAUAAACCCGGGAACCCAAACACUCCUGAGUGAGAUCUACACAGAGCUCUACAUCACAGAGGGAGACAGUGGAGAAGUUAAUAAUGAACAUGAGGUGAGACAGAUUGAGGCAGCAUUCAGGAGAACAAUAACAGAGGAAACACCAAUCAAAUGCAAUGACAUCCUAAAGCCUUUAUCUGAACAAGAUGAAUCCAUCAGAACUGUGCUGACAAAGGGAGUCGCUGGCAUUGGAAAAACAGUCUCUGUGCAGAAGUUCAUUCUGGACUGGGCUGAAGGGGAAGCAAAUCAGGACAUUCACUUUAUAUUUCCACUUCCUUUCAGAGAGCUGAACUUGAUGAAGGAGCAAAAACUGAAUCUGAUGAUCUCCUUCAUGUCUUUUUUAAGGAAACCAUAG